AUGGCGGGACUCCCACCGCCGCCGAUAUCCGCCAUGGCGGCCCCCAUGCCGUCUGGGCCAAUGUCUAUGAUGAUGCGCCAGCCCGAGUAUCGCAUGCCCAUGCAGUCAAACAUCACCGUUGGCGCUGGCGGUGCUUACAACGCUCCAGGGGCCAAUCCAUACUGGGGCAGUCCAACAGCCAAUCCCAACAUGACGGCCAUGCAGUUACCACCACCACCGCCACCGCCACUGGCAGGAGACAAACACAGUCGCGACUCACCAGAACGACGCCGCUCCGACAGUCGUGAUCGCCAUCGACGCCGUUCCGACAGUCGCGAUCGCCAUCGACGCCGACGCGGAAGCCGCGAUCGCCAUUAA